AUGACAAUUCCAAAUGCAUAUUCACCAACAAUUAAACAACCAGAGCGAGUGAGUUUAACGUUACUUGAAACAAUAACAGAUACAUUAUUACCACAUUGGCAAGAAUUAGCUGUUGCAUUUCAAUUUAAUCCAGAUUUACAACUUAGAACUAUUAUUGUUUAUGGUUGUAUAUCAAAAACAACAAGUGAUCGUGAAAUAAAAGCUUUAUUACGUAUACUUGUUAAAGCACUUGAAUCAUUUUCUCAUAUUGAUUUAAUUGAUUCACUAAUAAUGUGUUUAACACGUUUAUUAUCAUUAUUAUCUACAGAAUAUAAAAUUCAGAAAUUUAAUGCGCUAGAUUGCUUUAUCAAUACUUCAAUUAGGACUUCAAUUAAGAGAAAACCAUUUAAAUGGAAAUUUAAACAACUACAUGCAACCAUGGCUUUAUCAUUUAAAUCAAAUUUUACUUUCGUGGCUGCUGAUUAUUUUAUUAAAGGUAGAAAUUCUUAA